UUUGACAAUGUGACAAUGACUUUAUUUAGUUUAAACAAAUAAUUUAUGAUUCGUAAUCUUUUUCUGUUUUACAUAUUACAUCUUUAUGAACCAUAUAUUCGCUAGCUUCCCAAAGCCAUUCAGCCAUUUCAUCGUCUCGGGCAGCCCCACUUUCGUUUGUGAUACGGCAAUCAGCAAAAUAUUGUCCACUAACUUGUUCAAGAGCGGGAUCAACGGCUAACAUUAUGGAUGUUUGUGCACCAGAUUUUGGUGUUUUCAUAAAUAGUGUUAACGGUGAUAUUAAAAUUUUCAAAUGAACUAUACCGGGAUGCAGCGAAUUCGACGUAACGCUAGUGCCUGAAAGACGACUUGCCAAUGAACGCGCAAAAAGAACAUUAGCCAAUUUACUCUGGAAAUAUGCUUGAUAUUGAUUGUAUGAGUUUUCCAUAUUCAAAUCUGUACGGUUUAUUCGACCAUAACGAUGUGCAGUAGAUGAGACGAUUCAAAACGUGUGAAAAAAAGUUGCAUAUCUUAAUCAACAAUGCUGGCGUAAUGGCGAUUCAAGAAAGGCAAACCACCGUAGAUGGAUUGGAAAUCCAAAUUGGCACAAAUCAUUUCGGACAUUUUCUUUUAACCAAUUUAUUACUUGAUUUAUUAAAGUCAUCGGCACCAGCUCGUAUCAUCAAUGUUUCAAGUUUUGCUCAUAAAUUUGGAAAAAUCAAUCGCGAUGACAUACAAUCAGAGAAAUCUUAUUCAAGAAUGGCGGCUUAUGGACAAAGCAAAUUGGCAAACAUACUUUUUACUUUGGAACUAUCCAAACGGUUAAAAGGAACGAAAGUUACUUGUAACUCUUUGCAUCCAGGGGCAGUACAAACGGAAUUGUCGCGUCAUUUUGGCAUUUUAAAUUAUCUUUUGUUACCAUUUCAAAAUUUAAUAAAAACACCAAUAUCGGGUGCACAAACAUCCAUAAUGUUAGCCGUUGAUCCUGCUCUGGAAGAAGUUGAUGGCCAAUAUUUUGCGGACUGCGCAAUUGCACCGGUAUCAAAGGCAGCUCAAUGCGAAGAAACUGCGGCAUGGUUAUGGUCAACAAGCGAAAACAUCACACAGUUGAAUAAGAAAUAGCUAAAUUUUGAAAAGAAUUGAAAAUUAGUUGAACAUUUUU